UAGUUUAAGCUUAUUAUAUAUAUGAAAAAGAGAAACCCAAGGUAACACGAUCAUUUAUUGCUUGUUUGAUCAAUAUGUUCAUUAUCUUCUAUAGUGCAUACAUCGUGAUUCUUUGCUGUUUUUUUCAUAAUUAGUUAUUGAAUUGUAUUUGAUAUAUCAAGUGAAAAUAUUAAGAUUAAAUCAAUACAUAUUAAUUCUCCUGUAUUUGUGGGCAGUGAAUCAAAUAAGACCUACUGAAUAGUUUUUUCUUAUGUUACUUAACAUAUAAUAUAAAUUACAAAACUAUGGCUACGUAUUGUAAACCAAUUGAACUUAUAAUUCAACAAAAAUGUAAUCCUUUUCAAGAAUCCAACGCUUUUCAGUAUUUUCCAAGAAUACAGAAUAAAAAUAUACGUUAUGACACUGAAGUAUUGGACAAUGUUUUGAAAAAUAUGAAACAGCAAUAUUGCAUUUCAAUGAUGCAAUCAAAGUUAUUUAAAAAUGCAGAAACACAAACAGAUUAUAGAGAAAGUGAAACGCAAACUGUACCAUGGGAGCCUCCAUACAAAAUAUAUCCAGGUCAUAAUCCAGAAGUACUAACUGUUACUCAUUUAACUUGGGGUCAUGGAUUACCAGCAGGAAUGCAUGAAACUGAUAUUAUUAAUAGAACAAAAAUGAAAAGAGCUUGGGAAAUGUUUCUUCCACCAAUGGAUACAGAAGCUAAUAUUAAAAUACGAAAAUGUAUAACAAAAGCUUUAGAAGAAGAGCAAUGGGCUUUUAGAGAUGCAGAAAUACAAUGCAUAAUGGAUUUGCGUCUUCAAUUAAUGAAAAAGAUUUCACGUUCGAAAGAAUCUAAACAUAACGAGAAGAUAGAAAAUCGUUUUAAACGUUUGAAAAAUAAUUUAGGCACCCAUAGAGAUGAAAAAAUAAAAGUUAUUAGACAAAAUUUAAAACGAGAUUUGAGAAAGUUACAUAAAUUACAUCAUGAUAAAUCCCAGCUUCAGAAAAAAGAUACUAUCAAAUCAUAUAUUAAUCGUGUCUCCGAAUGCUUUAGAUCACAAUUAGAUGUUGAAAAAUAUUCUCCAGAAAAAUUACGAAAAAUGAAAAAGCAAUCAUCAAUAAAUGAUAGUAGUAAUUAUGAAGGAAUAGAAAAUAUUAAUUUUAUAUCUACUAAAUUAUCAAGUUAUAAAAAACCGAAAUCAAAAAUUGUAUCACCGACUGAAUUAUGUGUACGUGAAACAAGAUGGACUGAUGAUAAAUUAAAAACAUUGUAUAUGGAUUUUAAAGCAAUGCGCUUAAAUAUUAUAUCUCCAGAGACACCGAUAAUAAUGAAAAAGAAAUUUAAAAUUCCUGUUUUUCCAACUACACCAUACAGAGUUCAGGAACGCAAAGAUACAUUAAUAGAUCAAGCAGCAUUGUGUAUUCAAGAAACAAUUAGGGGUAGAGCAACCCAGUGUAUGAUGUUUGAAGGUAGAAAUAGAUGUAGAGAAUUAAUUAAAGAACUUCAAUCCACUCAUGAUAUUAAGGAUUAUAAUAAUGAAGUACAGCAAAUAGAAAAACAAGAAAUAUUUGAUACUCAACAGAAACAACGUGAUAGUUUAUUACAAGAAGAAUUGUUAUGUGAAAUUAUUGAUUCCUUGGAAGGAGCAACUGUAUGCGGAAUGUUAGAUUAUUUAAGUAAAGAAUUGAUAAGAUUAAAAGAUGAACGCAAUGCACAUAUUUUUGGAUUACUUGCUGAAAAAGAAAGAUUAAUGCGUGAAGCAGCCGAAGCUGGACGGCGACAACUUGAACGUAAUCGUCGUAGAGAAUGUGAUGAAAUGUUCCAACAAAUAAUAAAAAUAGAUCAAGAUACUGUAGAAAUUUACUUAGAUGAUAUUAUAAGGAAAGAAAUUGAAGAAAUAUCAUGUCAGAAUGCUGAAGAACAUAUUUUACAAUUUUUUGAUCAUGUGGACGAAAUUUCAAAUAAUACAAUGGGAAAUAUGACAGAUCUUGCAGAAGAAGAAAUGAUAGCAGAUAUGAUUUAUAAUUUUGUCUUACCAGAAGUUGGAAAAUUCAAUGCUCGUGAACAGAUAAAAAAGAAACAGCAAAGCUAUUUACAAAGUGCACAUGCAAUAUUGUAUAAGAAGUCAUCAAAUUCUCUAUUUGUUAACAGAAAAAAUUCAGAAGAAUUUAACGAAGAAUUACUGUUGCAGAAAGAUUACUCAGAUUCAGAGGAAAGUAUAUAAUGACUAAUUUCAAGUUGA